GGUUAUCAAAUCGCAGCUUCUCGUGUUUUACUUCUGAUGUACUUCUUCUAUGGGUAAUCAAUCCUUCUAGACUCACAAAUUCGCAAUAAGGUGAUUGCUUCAUUGAUCACAGUCAGACAUUCAACCUCAGCCUGAAGAAUACCGAGCAAAAGACCACUCAUGUUAAAAGUUCAUUCUUUCUCAUUAUCAUCUUCUUCCAUUCACCAAUUCUCUGCGCCUUCAAUGAUUCACCGUUUUGCCUAACCGGUACAGCCAACGUUUCCCAUGGCGCUCCCGCUAGGCAAGGUGGCUUUCCUCUUCGGUACCGGUGUUGUUGUGUCAGCUCUGGCCAAAGAGUCAAGUUUCAGUGACUAUUUGUCAGGUGCAUUUAAGGUAUUCUUCAAGCAAAUCAAGGAAGAUAGUUCAAAAAAUUCAAAUCAUAAGCCUCGUAGUGAUGCUUUGUUGCAGCAGGUCAAUAGAUUGCAAGAGGAGCUGCGGCUCCUGGCAUCAAAUAGAUCUGUAACUGUGGUGACUUCUUAUGGUUCAGGUUCUAGUGGUAAAUAUGGCUUGAUUUUGGUGGUUGUGGUGGUUGGAUAUGGAUAUAUUUGGUGGAAGGGUUGGAAGCUUUCUGAUUUCAUGUUUGCAACCCGGCGUGGUUUAGCUGAUGCAUGUACGAGUGUAUCCAAACAACUUGAGAGUGUUAACGCAUCUGUUUCGGCAACAAGACAUCACAUAUCUUCCCGCAUUGACCGUGUUGAUUGUAAAGUAGAUGAGUGCACAGAUUAUACAGCUGCUAUAAAAGAGGAGGUCUCUGAAUUUCAAGGGAAGGUGAAAAUGGUUGACAGUAAUCUCCAAUCAGUUCAGCUUGUUGUCCAAACUCUGGAGACCAAAAUUAGCAGGAUAGAAUUGAUACAGAACGACACAAUUUUUGGCGUGAGAGAUUUGGUUACUUAUGCAAAGAACUUGGAGAAUGAAAGAGACAAGGAACAGAUUGAGGCAUCAACCUCGUGUUUAACAAGGCCUGCUCUUGAAUUGCCAGAAGUGACUGCUUCAACCAUGGCAUGUCCCUUGCUUCCUAGUGCAAAUGUUGAACCACUAUCUCCAUCUGUUUCAAAUGGACUCCAGAAGGAGUCCCUGCUUGCAGUUCUUUCUUCCUCAGGCGUAAAGAUACAUCGCGGAUUAUUAGAUGUGGAAGUAAUGACGAGCCGAAGCAGCAGUAUUCCUUCUCGGGUUACAAGUGCACCUCCCACACCAUUGUGUUUCAACACUCGAAAUUCAACUUCUGCCCUGUUUGGGCGAACACUAUCUGCUAGUGCCGUUGACUUUUUGACAAGAAGCCGAGGAUCAUGCCAAACUUCAAAGUAGGCUUCCAAGUUGGAUAUAUAUCUUUUAUUUCAUGUGGAGCAUUUUUGUUUAUUGAGCUGAGUUUUGAGUGCCCUAAAUAUGGUAUUCAUUGAAAGGCUUAGUUUAGAAGUCCUGUCUAAAUAUUUUUAUCUACUCAUUGGGUAGAUACUUAGAUUGCACAGAAUUAGAGCAACAAAUGGACGAAAUGGUUGCAAACGACCAACUUCAACAUCUUAAAAAAGCGUUGGGUCUAUAUUGAAUCCCAAAAUUUGGAAUUGCUUUCACUGGGAGUCCUGUAACUUUUUACAAUAAACUUUUCCUUGAUCGAGAUUUAGGGGGUCUCUCCAAUUAAAAGAUCAUGAAUUUUGAAAUU